AUGGGCUUUGGUUGGAGAUGGAGGGCAUGGGUGAAGGAGUGUGUUGGUACAGCGUCUAUGUCAAUCCUGAUAAAUGGCUCACCAUCUAAACCUUUUAAGAUGGAUAGGGGCUUGAGAAAAGGUGAUCCGCUAUCCCCAUUUCUGUUUGUCCUGGUUGUUGACGUGCUGCAUAGGAUGGUAGGUGAGGCAGUCAGGAACAAACAUAUUUUGCCACUGUUGAUUGGAAAGGACAAUAUAGAGUUAUCACAUCUACAGUUUGUAGAUGACACUAUAUUGUUCUGUCCACCAGAGGAGGAGACCAUCAGAAACUAUGCCAGGUUGCUAAGGUGCUUUGAGAUGAUGUCAAGGUUAACUAUUAACUUUGAUAAAUCAAGUUUAAUCCCUAUCAAUUGCGAACAGCAGUGGACUGAUAACAUGUGCAGCUUAUUGGGGUGUAAGGAGGCCAGUCUUCUAGUAAGAUAUGUUGGUAUCUCGUUAGGAGCAAACCCAAGACUAGUCAGGACUUGGAAACCGAUAAUUGACAAGGUCGAGGAGAAGCUCAGCUUGUGGAAGGCAAAAGUACUCAAUAAAGCGGGUAAGCUUGUCCUUAUUAAAUUAGUGUUAAAUAGCUUGCCGGUGUACUACUUGAGUCUGUAUAAGAUGCCGAAGGCAGUGGAAGAAAAGUUGAUAUCUGUGCAGAGGAGAUUUCUAUGGAGCAAGGAGGAAGGUAGGAAUAGUGUGGCACUAGUCAAAUGGGAGCUAGUUUAA